AUGGAGCAGGAGAGGAAGGAGAAUAAUGGUUUCGGCAGUAUUCCUGCACCAAGGGUUCACAGGACUGGUGUGUUCCACUGCACCCUCCUGCUGGCAGUCUGGCUAGCUUUCUGGUUUGGGGCCUGGUUUGUCAUGCAAACAGUAUGCAGCAUGCUAGGUCUUCAUCUUCAACCUUCACCAGGGGAAAAUUCUGCAAAUGACAUAGACAUUGAGACGUCCACGUUUACUCGCUACCUGUUCAUCACAGCUGCUCUUGUUCUCACGACUGUGGUCUCUGAGCUCAUGCACAGUGUGGUUCUCUUUGUGGAGGAAUGGAAACAUGUCAACUCUCGGCAUGGAAGCAGGUACCAAGCCUUCCAGAGUUGUCUCCACUUUGAAUUCCCCAUGAGAGGCGCUUUUCCUGCCCUGCUGGUUUUGUCUGUGGUCGUCAUAUCUAUGAUAUGCUUCCUGAAGACUGAGAUGCUCGCCCAACUGUUAUCCCAGUACCUGGACCUGCUGGUGCUGCUGACGGGGGUGCAGCUUGUCAUCCUCUCGUACUUCAUGAAGCCAGCUGAAGUGGAGGUGAUGGAGCAGGUGGAAGGAACCAAUCAGAACGUGGCCCAUGGACUGGCCUGGUCCUUCUACACUGGCUAUCUCAAGAUUGUUCUACCUGGUCUUUGUGAGAGAAUUGAGCAGUCAGCAUGGAAAGACAAAAUCCACCCCACAGCUCACAGGCUGUUGGUUCUGAUCCCCCUGAAAUGUGAGGUCAGAGCCAAGCUGGAGGAUGAAGACUCCAACAUUGAGAAAGAGUACUGUGUUGUGGAGUAUGCUACCAAUGUACAAACACUGUACGACAUGCAGGAAUCCAAAGCCUGUGCAGGGUUCAGCAGAGAGGCCAGGGAACAACAGAUGCUGAGGAUCACAAACUGGCCAGGGUCAUCCUGCGCACCCUGGAGCAGCUGA